AUUAUACGUCAUCUACUCUUCAAGUUUAAAACAAUUGCAUAGCGAAGUACGCUUAUUUUUACAAAAGUCGAAUUGAAUUGCAGUGACAUUUUGAAUUCAUCAAACGCAUACAAAUAUUCAAUACAUAUGUUGCCUCUAUGGCUCUGGUAUAGAUCUAUGAGUAUAGCUCUAUCUGUGACGCUCUUUGACGCGGUAUGAGACGUAAACACGGAACAGGUUGAGAGGUCGAAGAGAGACCGGUGUCAUAACGUGUGGAAUCAGGGCUCCAACAAGUGCCUCAUGGCUGGCCGGCUGCUGAAGGUGUCCUCUGUGGCCACGGCGCUGGUCGCCACCUCGGGGGUGUACCUCUACACCAAACAGCUGGACCCCAACGACCUCAGCCUCGUGCGCUUCGGCCGUGCAGCCGCCGCCACCGCUGUCAUCAGCUAUGACUACCUCACCGCCUUCAGGAACGUGGAACCCGGCUCAGAUGAAUACUCGGCCCUCAAAUCCAAGGUCCACCUGCGUUCUGCGGAGCGGUUGCGGUCCCUCUGCUGUGCCAACCGGGGGACGUUCAUCAAGGUGGGGCAGCACCUGGGCGCCCUGGACUACCUGCUCCCCGGGGAGUACACCUCCACCCUGAGGGUGCUGCACAGCCGCGCGCCCCAGAGCAGCAUGGACCAGAUCCAGCAGGUCAUCAGGGAGGACCUGGGCAAGGAGAUGUCGGAGCUCUUCGUGUCCUUCGAGGAGACCCCCCAGGGGGCGGCCUCGCUGGCCCAGGUGCACCGGGCCGUCCUCCACGACGGGCGCAUCGUGGCCGUGAAGGUGCAGCACCCCAAGGUGCAGUCGCAGAGCUCCAAGGACAUCCUGGUCAUGGAGGUGUUGGUGAGGGCAGCAUGGCUCUUCCCAGAUUUUGCCUUCAUGUGGUUGGUGGAGGAGGCCAAGAAGAACAUGCCUCUGGAGCUGGACUUCCUCAACGAAGGACGCAACGCAGAGAAGGUGGCCAAGAUGCUCGCCCACUUCUCCUUCCUUAAGGUCCCACAGAUCCACUAUCUCUCCACCAAGAGGAUCCUCACCAUGGAGUUCGCCGAGGGCGGGCAGGUCAACGACCGCGACUACAUGAGGCGCCACGGCAUCAACGUCAACAAGGUGUGUUCCGUGUGGGAGCUGCCCACGCUGCUGGGGCUUACGCCCUCGGACCGAUCUCGGAGGACCUGGGGAAGGAUGUACAGCGAGAUGAUCUUCGUGCACGGCUUCGUGCACUGCGACCCCCACCCCGGCAACGUGCUGGUGAGGGUCUGCCCCCACAGCAAGAAGACGCACAUCGUACUGCUGGACCACGGCCUCUACCAGGGAGCGAGCUUGCAGCCGGGCUUCCGUCUGGACUACUGCCGGCUGUGGCAGGCCCUGAUCACCAGCGACAUGCCCGCCGUGGAGCGCUACAGCCGCCGCCUCGGAGCCGGAGAGCUCUUCCCGCUCUUCGCCUGCAUGCUCACCGCGCGCUCCUGGAACUCCGUCAACACCGGCAUCACCUCCACGCCGUCACGCAGUCCGAGGUGGGUGACCCAGGCUGCUGAUGUGGAGAUCCGCACCAACGUGUCGCAGUACCUGCCCCAGAUCAGCGAGCUGCUCAACAGAGUGCCGCGCCAGAUGCUGCUGCUGCUGAAGACCAACGACCUGCUGCGCGGCAUCGAGGCCGCGCUGCAGACCCGCGCCGCCUCCUCCUCCUUCCUCAACAUGUCCCGCUGCUGCGUCCGCGCCCUGGCCAGGCACAGGAGGAGCAAGGCUAGCUCCCGGACGCGGCGUCUGCGGAUCUCAGUGGGCGAGGUGCUGGGGCUGUGGCGGCUGGGUCUGUACGAGGUGUACCUCCAGGUCAAAGGUCACCCAAUGGCUCGCUGGCUGUGGGCCUUGCUCGGCUGCCUGGGCUAGUCAUCAGCCUGGAGAUGGACACACACACACACACACACACACACACACACACACACACACACACACACACACACACACACACAGAUAUGUAAAUAUCUAAAUUAUAUUAUUCUUACUUUUAUUCAUUAGUCCAAAUCGCACAUUGAGCUGUCAACAUCUUGGCUGAAGACCCCUGGGAAUAUAAACAGAAGGACAGAAGGCAGCCAUAGGUAUUAUUAUUGAAAUUCAACCAGAUGUUAAGUUGACCAAGACAUCAGUCAAUCAUAACCAGUCACGCAGGCAGGCAGACAUAUGGCAGCAGUCAGUCAAAUGAGACGUUUACCGGGAGAAACUAAAUUGGCCUCAGUCCAGCACCGGCAUGCAGGCUGGGACUCAGUCAGUCCAACCCCACCAACAGACUGACAGACGGACAGACGGACAGACGGGUGGUGCAGCCAGUUAGACGUACUGAUGUAGGUUGAGAUGCAGGAAGCCAUACGGAGGAGUAAUUGUUUCUCUGAACUUUCCGUUGCCUUUGCGGCCUCUACCUUUUGGUAUUUAUCUUGGGAAGCAAGUAAGUUAGUUAAAUUAAGUUGAGUUAUCCUUUAUUGUCCCUCUUUAAGUAGCACGAUGAGGUAACGUUGAUCGGUUAAUGGACGGCUGACUCUAGCCAUGACUCUUAAGUUAAGUUUCCUCUCCGUUUACGGAGAGUCACGGAGGCCAAACCUCAGCACUCCGUCACCAGGAUCAGCUGCUGGUUGGGCACCGGCCUUAACGGUUGGACAAUCUGUACUUCCAGCAAGGAUGAAGACAGAAACUUAUUUUAUAUUUCCAUUGAAAGAAGAUGUUGUGGAAACUAAUGGAUCCCGGCUCCCACGGAGAGUGGUUAUUAUGGGCUAUAAUACCUCAUAACAUGGCUUUCGGCCAUUUUUUCAUGGAUUUCACUCAAGGCAUGUACUCUGGAUUAUCCAUCUGUCUUUUUAUAAUUUCGUCGUGUGCUUAUUUUGGGACCAGUUGAGUUCUAUCUUGUUGGCCAAAUACGUUGAAGAUUAAUGCACGUGUGGUUUUCCCUCCAGCGUAUGUCCAGGUGUUUCUAUCAAUGCAGAGAAGCGUCAUCACGCCACUCUCAGUAUUGUACUCCUCUGUUCUUCAGUGUUGUCUUUUUUGAGAUUUUAAAACAUCUCAUCUAUCUCUUGCUGUGCAAUCUCCCGCUGGAACCUGGGGCCAAUUAACGCUGCUUUCAUUCAUCAUACUGCUUUUAUGUGGUUCAUUUCAUUUACAGAUGAAAACUGCUUGAUAAACACUGUGCACCAUGUUGGGGUUGGGGUCUAAUACUUGAUUUCUUUGUGGGCCCAAAUUAGUAUUUGUGGUUAUGAAGAGUUAUGAGAUUAGCCUUAUGCAGUCCUGUGAUGUGUUUCAUUUGUUUUCUCUUACAGUUUAUUGUUGUCUGUGAACUGAAGCCACUGCUGUAAUUAUUAAAGAAUAACUUUUCAACCUAGAUCCUAUUUCCCCUCAUGUUGGGUCUAAGUGACUAAUGCACACAACAAUUUCUGAAAUGGUUUGUUGAGCGAGAGAGCUUCAACCUACAGACGGGGCUGUCAUGUGAUCCUAUGAGGCCAAUGUCGCACAUCCUCUGCCUGCUGUUCCACUGACAUUGCGCAAAUACAACGCGAUAAUAAUGACAACAAAGACAAGCCUUCAAAACUUCUCCUUGAGAGAGACUUGACAAUGACAAAGCGACCUGAAAAUGAAAGUGAAAAAGAAAAAUAGUUGUAUUUCUCUGGAGGGAUCCUUCCCUAAUAUUGUCUGACAUAAUAACAAUCGGAGAGCAGCAAAAAUAAGCACUUCUAGAGGACUCCCAUUGUCGGGGGCUGGUAGCUCAUCGGGUUACAAUGCAGCCCUGCAUUAGUCACACAAACACCCAAAACCAUGGAGAGACAGGGUCGAGGUUGAAAAACCCCAAGGUCAUGCUUUAACAGAAUGGCAUGUGAACAUGAAGUGGCAUUUUAAUCAUGGGAGAUGCAAUAGAUUAAAGUUUUCUACGUGAGAUCACACUUAUUUUCAUCAGUUCUCGGUUCCAUUCCUUCAAUUUGAAUGUGGAGGGCAAAUGCUGUCUAUUAAAUAUAAUCGAAAAGCCAAACGGUAGUGUCUUGAAAUAAAGAUUUUACAUUGCCAAA